CCGGGCAAGGCGCACACGUCCAGCGCAUCACCCUAAGGGGAGGCCAGGGCGGCCUCGCGACCCUCAUCUUCUGGGACCUCCAGGGUCUCCCCCACCCCGCGCCGCCCCUCUCUGAACCGUCACGUGGCAGCGUGGGCCCCGCCCCCGGUGACGUCACGGAGCCUGCAGCCUUCGUGCUGAAGAAAGGAUGCUCUAGGAUGCUGGCCAGGUGGGCGGCCUCCGGCACGAUGCAGCACUGCAGGUGUAACUAGCAUGGUCUAUGCAGGAGCGAUGAGUGGCUCUGGAAACCUGAUGGAUUUCCUCGAUGAGCCGUUCCCUGAUGUGGGGACAUAUGAGGACUUUCACACCAUCGACUGGCUAAGGGAAAAGUCCCGGGACACCGAUAGACACAGGAAGAUAACCAGCAAAAGCAAGGAGUCCAUAUGGGAGUUCAUCAAGAGUUUGCUGGACGCCUGGUCAGGCUGGGUGGUGAUGCUGCUCAUUGGUCUGCUGGCGGGCACCUUGGCUGGGGUCAUCGAUCUCGCCGUCGACUGGAUGACAGAUCUGAAGGAGGGGGUCUGCCUGUCUGCCUUUUGGUACAGCCAUGAGCAGUGCUGCUGGACUUCCAAUGAGACCACCUUUGAGGACAGGGACAAGUGUCCCCUGUGGCAGAAAUGGUCGGAGCUGCUGGUAAAUCAGUCAGAGGGUGCCAGUGCUUACAUUCUGAAUUACUUAAUGUAUAUCCUGUGGGCGCUGCUGUUUGCGUUUUUGGCCGUCUCCCUGGUGCGUGUAUUCGCGCCAUACGCCUGUGGCUCUGGUAUACCAGAGAUAAAGACCAUUUUGAGCGGCUUUAUCAUCAGGGGCUACUUGGGGAAGUGGACCCUGCUAAUCAAGACGGUCACCCUGGUGCUGGUAGUGUCCUCCGGCCUGAGCCUUGGGAAAGAAGGGCCGCUGGUGCACGUGGCUUGUUGCUGUGGCAACUUCUUCAGCAGCCUUUUCUCCAAGUACAGCAAGAAUGAGGGCAAGAGGCGUGAGGUGCUUUCAGCUGCAGCAGCUGCUGGAGUCUCCGUUGCCUUUGGUGCGCCAAUUGGGGGUGUGCUUUUCAGUCUAGAAGAGGUCAGUUACUACUUUCCCUUGAAGACUCUGUGGAGGUCGUUUUUUGCGGCCCUGGUGGCAGCCUUUACGCUGCGAUCCAUCAAUCCCUUUGGGAAUAGCCGCCUUGUUCUGUUUUAUGUGGAAUACCACACACCCUGGUACAUGGCUGAACUCUUCCCCUUCAUCCUUCUUGGAGUCUUUGGGGGCUUGUGGGGAACGCUCUUUAUCCGCUGCAACAUCGCCUGGUGCAGGAGGCGUAAAACCACCAGGCUGGGGAAGUACCCGGUGCUGGAGGUUAUCGUGGUGACGGCCAUCACUGCCAUUAUCGCUUACCCCAAUCCCUACACGCGCCAGAGCACCAGUGAGCUCAUUUCUGAGCUGUUCAAUGACUGUGGGGCGCUCGAGUCCUCCCAGCUCUGUGACUACAUCAAUGACCCCAACAUGACCCGGCCUGUGGAUGACAUUCCGGAUCGGCCAGCUGGUGUCGGUGUUUACACGGCUAUGUGGCAGCUGGCCCUGGCGCUGAUCUUCAAAAUCGUUGUUACCAUAUUUACCUUUGGCAUGAAGAUCCCAUCAGGCCUCUUCAUCCCCAGCAUGGCUGUGGGAGCGAUGGCAGGCAGGAUGGUAGGAAUUGGUGUGGAGCAGUUGGCGUACCACCACCAUGACUGGAUCAUCUUCAGGAACUGGUGCAGACCCGGGGCAGACUGUGUCACACCAGGACUUUACGCAAUGGUGGGAGCUGCAGCCUGCCUAGGUGGAGUUACCAGGAUGACGGUGUCCUUGGUGGUUAUCAUGUUUGAAUUAACAGGGGGUCUGGAGUACAUCGUGCCCCUGAUGGCAGCGGCUGUGACCAGCAAGUGGGUAGCCGAUGCCUUUGGGAAAGAAGGCAUCUACGAGGCCCACAUCCACUUAAACGGCUACCCAUUCCUCGAUGUGAAGGACGAAUUCACCCACCGCACUCUGGCCACUGACGUCAUGCGGCCCCGGCGGGGAGAGCCACCACUGUCGGUGCUCACCCAGGACAGCAUGACUGUCGAGGACGUGGAGACACUCAUCAAGGAGACCGACUACAAUGGCUUCCCUGUAGUGGUCUCUAGAGACUCUGAGCGCCUCAUCGGAUUUGCCCAGAGGAGGGAACUGAUUCUUGCCAUAAAGAAUGCCAGACAGAGGCAGGAAGGCAUCGUGAGCAAUUCCAUCAUGUACUUCACGGAGGAGCCCCCUGAGCUGCCGGCCAACAGCCCACACCCCCUGAAGCUGCGGCGAAUCCUGAACCUCAGCCCUUUCACAGUCACAGACCACACCCCAAUGGAGACAGUGGUGGACAUCUUCCGGAAACUGGGUCUCCGGCAGUGCCUGGUGACGCGGAGUGGGAGACUUCUUGGCAUCAUCACGAAAAAGGAUGUUCUGAGACAUAUGGCCCAGAUGGCGAACCAGGACCCCGAAUCCAUCAUGUUUAAUUAGCAACAAGGUGGCAAUUAUUUUGAGAAAAACACUGACUAUGUCAUUUUAAAACAAAUAAAUGAUAUAUUAUUAUCCCAAUGAAAGAUCAUGCACUGGGGACACUAGAAACAAAAGCUUUGUUUGAAAGGAGGGGACGAAGGAUGAAACCUUUAAAAAAAACAAACAAAAUGAAAAUAUCAAUUAGUAGACAUUUUUUAGCUUCAACCCCAUAUGAGUUUGGAGCUGUGUUUCCUAAUGAGUUUGCUAACUGCUGUGGGGGCAUGUGGGUGGGUGUCAGUGAUGUCUGUAUGAGGACGUGGAGCACGAAUGCUGACUCGAGAAACUUUGACCCCUUCUGCUUAGGGCUGAUGUUUGUAACUUACAGACACAUGUGAAGCUUUGAGUUCAGAAGGCAAAGUGACGUCGGUGUGUCAGCGUCCUUAUUUAUCGAUUCCUGAAGUUUUGCUGCUAUGUUACUGAAUAAUACUAAAGAUACUUACUUUGUUGGAAAAGAAAAAGAAAUUAAAUUUGAACACAGUGAAAACUGCAAGUAUGCCAGUGGGUUUACUCACGCCCAUCCCAUUUCUUGCUCCUGUUCUCAGCCUGUGAUCUGGCUUAUCCAUCAGUUUCGGAACCAACAUCAGGGGUGCCACCAUGAUGAGUGUGAAGAAAUCAUUUCUCUAUGCAAGACUGGCAUCUGGGAGCACACGAUGGACUGUUGGAGUGUGUUGUGCUGCACUGUGUCUCCACCCAUACACAGGGACACAUCUUGAUUUUGAGGAUCUAUACUCUGAUAAUUGAUUUGCAACUCCACUGCAUCUGCUUCAUUUAUUUAUUGCUGUUGCUUGUGCAUUCUUAAAUACUGGGCUACUCAGCACUUCCGUGGAUCAUAGCCUGUGUGUCCCCAGCCUGGUAUAAGCGUGCUUUCAUUUCCAAGUAGCAUAUGCAAAAGUCAAAACAAGCUACCUAGUGUUACUACUUAUUUUUCCUCUCAGGUCUUAUCAGAUAUGGCUUUGGAGAGGGUGAGGCAUAUGAGUUCUCAGUGGGAACUCCUCCAAGUGGUUUGCAAGAGAAAUACUAAAUUGAUUCUAAAUUUGUUCCAUUCUCUUCUCUGUAGGAUGCAAAAUGGCCUGUUUUAAUGUGUAAGCAUGCACUUUUAUAUGAACAAUCACAGCACAGGAGGACAGUGUUAUGUUUUAUACAGCCAGUUUGAGCAUUGGGAAUCUUUGUAUUUGAACUUGACACAUUUAUUCAUUUAGUCAGGAUUUCUGUCUUUUCUGUGGAAAGGAAUUAAGCUGUGUUUUAGGUCCACUGUAUGACCUAUGUAAAUAAGAUGAUCCCACUUCCCUUUCAUUUUAGUCUUUGCUUCCUCCUUUUCACUAAAUCAUCCUCAUCCUUUUCAAUCUUAUUGUCAUUGGAUAGUGAUGUAUCUGUUGGGUGUGCAUUUGGCUGCAAAUAACAGAAAACCCAAUAAACAUUGAAGGGCUGCCUAAGAAGCCUGAGAGAUGGCCACUCCAGGACUGUUUACUUAAUAUCAUCAAGGAACCACAUCUUUUAGUUAUUUCUUUUUUGCCAUGCUUACCCUUUGUCCUUUGGCUCUUUAUCUCAUAGUCUUGAGAUGGUUGCUGAACUACCAGGUAUCAAGUCCGUUUUCUAAGUGGGAAGAGGAAGGGAGAGGCAAGAAACUAGUUACAAUGUCUCUAUCAGGAAAGCAAAGCUUCCCUUGAGAUGCUUACCUCAUAUCUGUUGGCUAGAAAUCUGUCAUGUGGUUUUCUUCCCCUAGCUGCACACUAGUGUGGAAAGAAACAUUUUUAGCUGGACAUGUUGCUCUCUGUAUGAACUUCAGAUUCUCUCACUAAGGAAAGGGAGCUAGUCCUUGGUAGGGGAAGGUGGUUGCUGUAUUGGAUGCUAUCACUGUGUCCUUGUCAUCAUCCUUCCUGUCUUCUCUACUCUUUCUUGCCAAACUCCUACAAACACACUUCCAACCUUUUUGCUCUUCGCCUCUUCUCUUAGAUUUGACCUAGACUUCCUGACCACAAUCCAUUUUUCUUUGCCCUAAUAAGCAUUUUCAUUUUGGAUAAAAACUUGGCUACGAGUGGGUUUCUAUGAAACAUCUAGUUAAUAUAUGAAAAUGUAUUUUCUCUGGGUUAAGAAAUUUUAAGUCAUGCUGACACACUAUAGAAAAUUUGUUCCUGUAAUUCACUGGCCGCCUCCAGAAUAACAUCAAACAGCCACUUCAGUGUGGAAACAUCUAGUCAAUAGUAGAUAGUUUAAUCUUUGGUCCUAUAAUAGAAUGAAAUUUAUUGUCUCAUUUAUAGCACAUAAGCCUUGAGCAACAGAUCCUUAUGUUAGCAUUGUUGUUGUAGUUUCCACAGAACAUUUGCAAGUGAAGCUGGCUUCUCCUGGACUUUGAAUCCUAGCAGGUCUUAAAGAUAGCUUCAUGUAGUUCCUCUUCUUAUUCCCGUGUGGUCCCCUUGGAGAUGGCCUGUAAUGGGAAAGAGUAUUAGUCAUAGUCUGGCUUUAUAUAAUCCAGGAGGUCCUUUUAGCUGAAGAAAGUAGCUUCAAAAGGGAACAUGAAACAGUGAACAGAUAGCCAGAGGUCAGUGAAACCACAGCAUUUCUUUCUAAUCCAGUUGAGGCCAUGGAGGGUAAUAAAAGGAUAGUUUACUUUGGGCCAAGGUCAUGGAGAGGGAGCUUGGGAUUUGUGUCCUUUUCCCCAAUGCUUAGUGUAGAGAUAUCUGUGAACUCUUAUUUUCCUUUGCAAGUUGAUCUUCCAAUCUGUUAUGGGGUUCAGGCUCUCCUCAACAGAAGACCAGGAUAAGGUGGGUGGGUUAAGGUCAAGGAUGAAGAGCCUGCAGUAGGAACUACCACAGUGAAUUGCCUCCUCCCAUGGAGACUUAACUCAGUCAUGUGGUCCACUCAUCCAAGGGCUGAGGGUCUUAGACAAACUACAUGGGGGAACAUGCUGCUAUGCUCUGUUUCUGUUUCUCAUGAGAGUGCAGGGGUAGGGAUUUCGAGGGUAUUUGCUUUAUCCAAACACGAAAUUUUGAUCUACGUUACUUGGUGAUCUAAUGAGCAGAACUGGACCAUGGCAGGUAUAAACAUCUUUCAGAAUAAUCGUUUUUUUUCUUUUUCAAAACCAAAGGCUUUAGACCUUUGUAGAACAUUUUGGGUUCUUUUGGACUCAGUUUUUAAUGUAAAACAUCAAUACAUUGUGGAAAAGCAACUCUCUCAUGAGGCACAUCACCUGUUUCUUGCUCUCCCUCGCUAUUACUGAAGAAACGUGUUGCAGAAAAGCACCAACUAAGGGGGCCCUGGAAGUGACAUGCGUGUUUCUUCUAAGUGGUUUACAGUACAUCCUUUGGGAAUGCAGAUACUUUGUGGUUUUUAGGGACAGGUGAAUGUGCUAGAAGUCUGUCGUUCAAUGUUUAGUGCUUGCUGUUUGAAUUAGGCAGUCUCAAAGUUCUCUAUUCAGUCUUUCUCAAAGACCUUACAAGAAAAAGAUGUGUAAAUAGACAGAUUUUGAGCCCUAAUAAGUCACAGAAACUGAAAAUUUUAGAGCAGUUUGUUUCACUUAGGUGAGAACUGAUUACUUUAAAUUACCAACAUGUGCAAAUUCUGCUUUGUAUUCCUUAUUAGAUGCUGAGCUGGAAAAGAUGAGAAAUGCAAGGAGAACGAUUGAAUUACCACAUAAUUGUAAUAUUAUGCUUUCAUUUAAAUUUCACAUGAGCAGUGUUUUUAUCAGACUAAGCCUCUAGCCUUUGAAAUGAUUUACAUGAGGAGGGAAGCUUGUAUAUCUGACUGGGGAAACAUUAAGCAGACCCCAUUUUUACCGGUGUGGUAAUAACUAUUUAUUUGCCAUCCUAGAGGUGCUGGAAUGAGCCUAUGUGUGACUUUUAUGAGAUAUAUUCACAUUUGGUGUUGGAACGACCACAUAGCAAUGUGUUGGGUUUUUUUUAUGGUAACACUCUGUGUAAACGUUGACACCUUAUUAAAAAUUAAAUGUUUGAACUCUAUUUUUAAAAAUAAAACAAGCACAGAGUUCUCAACAA